CUAUUCCAAUUGAAUUUUGUAUCAAACAUAUUCAAUCUAUUAAACUACUGAUGGAUGAAAGAAAGCCAGAUGUCAACAACUGACCAAGGCUCUAACCGCAUACCACCUCAAGGAUGCAGAUGGCCGACAAAGUAGUUCUACAUCGGCGAUGCCGUGGUCAUUGAUCCUCACAUAUAUGCACAUAUAUUUUCAAUGAUCCUCACAUAUAUACACGUCAUUUUUUUUCGGUUUUCUUUGCUGAGUCAUCAAGAUUCAAGACCACUGCACCUUGGCGAAGCUCACGCAGCUGAACGCCAUGGUCCGUGUCGGCCGGAGCCGAUGCCAAGGUGUGACAACUCCGGCUCAGAGCGCCGGCAACCUUUGGCUCGCGUCGUUUGACGUCCGCUGCGCUCAGCUGGCAACCUCCCACGAACACGGCCUCCUCCCUCGACUCGAUCGUCCCUGACCUCCAGUCCUCCCACCUUAAACCCAACCCAAACCUCCACUGUUAUUAACCCCCGCCAAUCAUUACCGCAGCCAUUGAAUGCUCCAGCGGCGAUCUGCUUUCCGAUCCUUCAUUUCCCCGCUGCAUGACAGAAAGCUUGCCGCGGUUGUUCCACCUGCAAAAAGGAAGCCGCAUGCAUUCACUCCGUAACAGUCCUCUCGCCAUUAUCAUGUCGGCCGACCGGCCGGUACGUGUGGUGAUCGACCUCUCCCUUUUAAGCCCGCAGGAUCCGGGCGUUUCUUUCCUGGCCGACCGACCGUGGUAGAUCGAGCAGGAUCCAUCCAAUGCCGGCGUUACGCUGCGUCCUCGCUUCGGUUUUGGUGGUGGUGGUGGCGGCGGCGGCGGCGGCGGACGCGCUCGGCGUGAACUGGGGCACGAUGUCGACGCGCCGGCUGCCGCCCAAGGUGAUGGCGCGGCUGCUGGCGGACAACGGGUUCCGGAAGGUGAAGAUCUUCGACGCCGACGAGCGGACCAUGGAGGGGCUCGCCGGGACGGGCAUCGAGACGAUGGUCGCCGUGCCCAACGACCUCCUCGCCGCCGUCGCCGACUACGCCCGCGCCAGGGAGUGGGUCAAGGAGAACGUCACCCGGUACGCCUUCGACGGCGGCGUCAACAUCCGGUUCGUCGCCGUCGGCAACGAGCCGUUCCUCCGCGCGUACAACGGCUCGUUCGACCGCGUCACCGUGCCGGCGCUGAGGAACAUCCAGCGCGCGCUCGACGAGGCCGGCCACGGCGGCGCGGUCAAGGCGACGGUCCCCGUGAACGCCGACGUCUACGACUCGCCGCCGGGGAACCCGGUGCCCUCGGCGGGGAGGUUCCGCGCCGACGUGGCGGGCGUCAUGACGGAGAUGGUCCGGCUCCUGAACCGGAGUGGCGCGCCGCUGACGGUCAACAUCUACCCGUUCCUCAGCCUGUACGGGAACGACGACUUCCCGCUCGACUACGCCUUCUUCGACGACGCCGGCGCCGGCAAGGCGAAGCCGGUGGUGGACGGCCGGGUCAACUACACCAACGUGUUCGACGCCAACUUCGACACGCUGGUCUCGGCGCUGAAGAGGGUCGGGUUCGGCCGCCUGCCGGUGAUGAUCGGCGAGGUGGGGUGGCCGACGGACGGCGACAAGCACGCCACGGCGGCGCUCGCGGAGCGGUUCUACAAGGGGCUGCUCCGCCGCCUCGCAGCGAGGAAGGGCACGCCGCUCCGGCCGAACGCCCGCAUCGAGGUGUACCUGUUCGGGCUCAUGGACGAGGACGCCAAGAGCGUGGCGCCGGGCAACUUCGAGCGCCACUGGGGCCUCUUCACCUCCGACGGCCGGCCCAAGUUCCCCCUCGACCUCCGCGGCGGCGGCCGCCCGGCGAUGCCCGUCCCGGCCAGGGGCGUCGAGUACCUGCCCCGUCGGUGGUGCGUGCUGAACCCGGACGCCGCCGCCGGCGGCGACGACCGGCUCGCGGGCAACGUCGGCUACGCGUGCGGCCGCGCCGACUGCACGCCGCUGGGGUACGGGUGCAGCUGCGGCGGCGGCGCGCUGGACGCGCGCGGGAACGCGUCGUACGCGUUCAACGCGUACUACCAGUCGCAGGGGCAGGCCGAGUCGGCGUGCGACUUCCAGGGGCUCGCCGUCGUCGUCGACAAGGACCCGUCGCUGGGAGCGUGCAAGUUCAGCGUUGGGUUCGUCGGGUCGGGAGCGGCGGCGGCGGCGGCGGUGGUGAUGGCGCGGACGGCGGCGGUGGCGGCGGCUCUGCUCCUCGUGUUGCUUUGAACUUACGCGAGGCGUGAAUGCGAUGCUCGUAGAUUUGUAGGUAGGUGACGCCAUUAAGACGUUGUACUAAGAAGUGCUUUUGUUCACGUGAGAUGUUUGUGCUCAUAAGUGAGAGAUUAUCAGUUCAUUUGUAAGCCAGGAAAAAAAGGAAAAAGGAGAAUUUAGAGUUCAUUUUGCAACAAAAAUUCACUUUCAUUCGGACGGCAAUGUUCAAACUUUAUGUAGUGUUAAAAUGCUCCAAAA